UUUGAAGACAAGUGGGAAUUCCCGCGCUGCUACCUGACGAUCGAGCACGUGAUCGGAGAGGGAGAGUUUGGCCAGGUUGUCCGCGCGCAGGCCUUCAUGUUGAACGGUCAAGAGGGCAACACGGUGGUGGCGGUCAAGAUGCUGAAACGUAAGUGAACGUCCGGACAUCUCCGAUCAGAUGUUUACAGAGCAUUUCCUGUUUUUUUUUUUUUUUUGUUGUUUUUUAUUAUUGUUUUUAAUUUUCCUGGCGUUUUUUUCUGUUUCCUGUCUUAGUGGGUCAGUGUAUCAGGGGAUCAGUGUAUCAGGGGAUCAGUGUAUCAGGGGGUCAGUGUAUCAGGGGGUCAGUGUAUCAAAAGGUCAUUUUUUAUCUGAGGGUCAGUGUAUCAGGGGAUCAGUGUAUCAGGGGGUCAAUGUAUCAGGGGUCACACAAUAGUUUGAAAAAUUUGAAUGAUUUCUAUGCAAACUGUACAUAUCUCAAUUCUAUGCAAUCUGUACAUAUCUCAAUUCUAUGCAAACUGUACAUAUCUCAGUUCUAUGCAAACUGUCAGUUCUAUGCAAACUGUACAAAUCUCAGUUCUAUGCAAACUGUACAAAUCUCAGUUCUAUGCAAACUGUACAAAUCUCAGUUCUAUGCAAACUGUACAAAUCUCAGUUCUAUGCAAACUGUACAAAUCUCAGUUCUAUGCAAAGUGUACAUAUCUCAGUUCUAUACAAGCUGUACAUAUCUCAGUUAUAUGCAAACUGUACAAUCUCAGUUCUAUGCAAACUGUACAUAUGUCAGUUCUAUGCAAACUGUACAAAACUGUACAAAUCUCAGUUCUAUGCAAACUGUACAAAUCUCAGUUCUAUGCAAACUGUACAAAUCUCAGUUCUAUGCAAACUGUACAAAUCUCAGUUCUAUGCAAAGUGUACAUAUCUCAGUUCUAUGCAAAGUGUACAUAUCUCAGUUCUAUGCAAAGUGUAUAUAUCUCAGUUCUAUGCAAACUGUCAGUUCUAUGCAAACUGUACAAAUCUCAGUUCUAUGCAAACUGUACAAAUCUCAGUUCUAUGCAAAGUGUACAUAUCUCAGUUCUAUGCAAACUGUCAGUUCUAUGCAAACUGUACAAAUCUCAGUUCUAUGCAAACUGUACAAAUCUCAGUUCUAUGCAAAGUGUACAUAUCUCAGUUCUAUACAAGCUGUACAUAUCUCAGUUCUAUGCAAAUGGUACAUAUCUCAAUUCUAUGCAAUCUGUACAUAUCUCAGUUCUAUGCAAACUGCACAUGUCUCAGUUCUAUGCAAAGUGUACAUAUCUCAGUUCUAUACAAGCUGUACAUAUCUCAGUUAUAUGCAAACUGUACAAUCUCAGUUCUAUGCAAACUGUACAUAUGUCAGUUCUAUGCAAACUGUACAUAUCUCAGUUCUAUUCAAACUGUGCAUAUCUCAAUUCUAUACAAACUGUAUAUAUCUCAAUUCUAUACAAACUGUACAUAUCUCAGUUCUAUACAAAAUGUACAUAUCUCAGUUCUAUAUACAUCACAGAUAUCUCAGUUCUAUGUACACUCUACAUAUGUCAAUUCUAUGCACUUAGCACAUAUGUUGUAUGUAAUGGGGACAAAACGUGUUUUUUUUUAUAUAUUUAAAAUGAUUGAAAAAAAAAGAUUUCCUCCCUGAACUUUUCAGUUUUUUAAAGGGGGGGGGGGGCCUGCAUUUGGCUUAUGAAAUAAUCUGUUUUCAAGCCCAUAUUUAUCGCUGCGAGCUAGUCACUUAACGGCGGCCAGGAAGGCCGGAUUCACGACCCCUGGUGGACCGGAUCUGACCCCCGGGCCGUAGUUGUACGACCCAUCUUCUCGAUCAAUUCCUUAUGCAGAGUUCGAACCCAUUGAAACGGAUCAAACACCCCCCGGGCUCUUGAACGUCCUGGUGACGUCAUCAAUGUUUGAACUCUUGCCGGCAGCCGUGUGGCCCGUAAACCAGCGCUGACGAGAACAACACUGACGAGAACAACACUGACGAGAACAACACUGACGAGAACAACACUGACGAGAACAACACUGACGAGAACAACACUGACGAGAACAACACUGACGAGAACAACUCUGACGAGAACAACACUGACCAGAACAACACUGACAAGUACAACACUGACGAUUACAACACUGACGAGUACAACACUGACCAGAACAACACUGACAGAAACAACACAGACAAGAACAAAACUGACAAAUACAACACUAGUGAGUACAGCCCUAACGAGUACAGCCCUAACGAGUACAGCCCUAACGAGUACAGCCCUAACGAGUACAGCCCUGGCGAGUACUGCCCUGGCGAGUACUGCCCGGACGAGUACAACACUGACGAGUACAACACUGACGAGCACAACACUGACGAGCACAACACUGACGAGCACAACACUGACGAGCACAACACUGACGAGUACAACACUGACGAGUACAACACUGACGAGUACAACACUGACUCGUUUGACUUACCAUACUCAUCAACAAAUGCGCGGUGUCUAACUGAUUCAUCAUCUUUUGUUUUCCUAGCUUGGAACCUCUUUGGGGGGUUUUAAAAUAAAGAACUUCAAUUCUAAGACCUGGGCUUCAUAAAUUUCCCCUCAAUCGAUUCAUUUAAAGAUUUUAAAUAAAAAAAUAAGUGUUAAAAAUUGAAGGUAGCGGAGACAAGGCUGAGAUCUAUUUCUCUUGAUGUAUUGGAACCACAUCCCAGGAAUCUUAUCAGGGAAUUAAACAACCCUUUCAACACACAGUUUUGUUUCGUAGAAAUCCGUUAUAAAAUGUAACAUCCAGCAAUGGGGGGCGGGGGUCUGAAAGUUUGAACAAACAUGCAUACAAGUAACGCACUUUAUAUGAACCCCAAUGGGUGCUCUCCCACCCCCACCCCCCACCAAUGGGUGCUCUCCCACCCCCACCCCCCACCAAUGGGUGCUCUCCCACCCCCACCCCCCACCAAUGGGUGCUCUCCCACCCCCACCCCCCACCAAUGGGCCAUUGGUGGGUGCACUCCCCCCCCCCACCCCCCAAUGGGUGCUCUCCCAACCCCCCCAACCGCCCCCACACACACAUUUUUUUUCACACCCCUGAACUGAAUUGAUAUUCUUAUGACCCACCCGCCUUUACACCGCAAAUGUAUUUCCAAAAUUCGUUUAGAAAAACACAAGAGAACAUAACGCACACUGGACGUAGUUGCUGCGGCAGUCUUUGGUUGAGAGAAUCUCAUUGGACGCAGUGCCGUGAUCGGGAAUUUUAUCUCGUGAAAUCAGCGUCAUCAUAAUAUUUCCCCUUGAAAAGCAGGAAAAAAUGUUUUUUGUAGAAGAGGGGGUGGGGUGGAAAAUUUGAUAGAAUCUUUUGUCAUCGACAACGAGUAUAUGUGCCAAGCUCUACCUCUAUAGGUUUACGGGAAGUGGGUCAAUUAGCCGUCCGAAGAUAUUUUUCUUACCACCCAGCCAGAAAGAACUACACGAAUAAAAGCGAAGUCUAUUUAACGAAUUUGAAAGUAAAUCCUUUCCAUCCAAAUGUAUGUUUGUUUGUUUGUUUGUUUGUUUGUUUGUUUGUUUGAAACGAAGGAAUGCGUGUAUCUUUAAUGAGUCAUUAUAGAUUUCUGACCGUCAUCCAGGGGAAAUGGAUCACAAUAUAUAUAUAUAUGGAUGAUAUAUAUAUUGUGGUCUUAAAGUCACAUAACGACGUUUCACACUGCUCAAAGUAACAUCAACCUAAUCUUGCAGCCGACGCGUCAGGGACGGAGUAUCAAGAUCUUGUGUCAGAGUUCCAGCUCCUGAAGGAAGUGGAUCACCCGAAUGUCAUCAAGCUGCUGGGAGUGUGUACACAGAAAGGUGAGAUUGCCUACCGCUGUUUGAACAAUGCCUUACUAAAACAACUGUAUGUUACAUUUCAUGCCACUGGCUUGUGGUGCUGCACUUACUAAAACAACUGUAUGUUACAUUUCAUGCCACUGGCUUGUGGUGCUGCACUUACUAAAACAACUGUAUGUUACAUUUCAUGCCACUGGCUUGUGGUGCUGUACUUACUAAAACAACUGUAUGUUACAUUUCAUGCCACUGGCUUGUGGUGCUGUACUUACUAAAACAACUGUAUGUUACAUUUCAUGCCACUGGCUUGUGGUGCUGUUAUAUUUAGUACCUCUAUCGUGUGCUUUCAUUUUUAUAAAAAAUGGUAUGAUGUCAUUUCAUGACUGCAACUAUCUCGUGAGGUAUGCCUUAGCACAGCGUUCCAAAAGGGUGGCCCGUGGACCGGCACCGGUCCGCAAGCCUUACGUUACCUGUCCAGAGAGCAUGAAUGUUGAUGUUUAAAUAGAAAGAAAAUGUAAUUAAUAAAUCUGGCACCGGUCCCUGGUGCAGUUUCGAAACUUGUCCACCGGUCCGUGAAACUUAAAAGUUUGGGAAACGCUGCCUUAGCAUAACCACUCUUAUAUAAUCCUCACCCUAACCGUCCUGUGCUGCCAUCCAAACUAAGAUUUGAUCUCAUCCUUAAUGAAACUGCCUUGAGCCGCUAUUGUUACUAGAACAAUGUUAGAGUUUUGGGCUGUACUCCUACUGAUGGUGGUUCAAAGCCGCGGCUUAUAUUUUAUGGAUGCCCGCAGUGGUGGCCCCUAGGACCACAAGAUAUAGACCGCACCAGUCAACGACACACCAUAGACCGCACGUGUCAACUCAAGAGAAAUUGAUCGUUUUCAAUUUGUUUUGGGAAUUAGAUCGGUGGCGUCUUCUUAUAGAGAGACAUGGGUCACUGCUAGGGGUCUAGUUUGUCUUCUUAUAGAGAGACAUGGGUCACUGCUAGGGGUCUAGUCUGUCUUCUUAUAGAGAGACAUGGAUCACUGCUAGGGGUCUAGUUUGUCUUCUUAUAGAGAGACAUGGAUCACUGCUAGGGGUCUAGUUUGUCUUCUUAUAGAGAGACAUGGAUCACUGCUAGGGGUCUAGUUUGUCUUCUUAUAGAGAGACAUGGGUCACUGCUAGGGGUCUAGUUUGUCUUCUUAUAGGGAGACAUCGGUCACUGUUAGUGGUCUAGUCUGUCUUCUUAUAGAGAGACAUCGGUCACUGUUAGUGGUCUAGUUUGUCUUCUUAUAGAGAGACAUGGGUCACUGUUAGUGGUCUAGUUUGUCUUCUUAUAGAGAGACAUCGGUCACUGUUAGUGGUCUAGUCUGUCUUCUUAUAGAGAGACAUCGGUCACUGUUAGUGGUCUAGUUUGUCUUCUUAUAGAGAGACAUGGAUCACUGCUAGGGGUCUAGUUUGUCUUCUUAUAGAGAGACAUGGGUCACUGCUAGGGGUCUAGUCUGUCUUCUUAUAGAGAGACAUGGAUCACUGCUAGGGGUCUAGUUUGUCUUCUUAUAGAGAGACAUGGGUCACUGUUAGUGUUCUAGUCUGUCUUCUUAUAGAGAGACAUGGGUCACUGUUAGUGGUCUAGUCUGUCUUCUUGUAGAGAGACAUGUGUCACUGUUAGUGGUCUAGUCUGUCUUCUUGUAGAGAGACAUGGGUCACUGUUAGUGGUCUAGUCUGUCUUCUUAUAGAGAGACAUGGAUCACUGUUAGUGGUCUAGUCUGUGUUCUUGUAGAGAGACAUCGGUCACUGUUAGUGGUCUAGUCUGUCUUCUUGUAGAGAGACAUGUGUCACUGUUAGUGGUCUAGUCUGUCUUCUUGUAGAGAGACAUGGGUCACUGUUAGUGGUCUAGUCUGUCUUCUUGUAGAGAGACAUGGGUCACUGUUAGUGGUCUAGUCUGUCUUCUUGUAGAGAGACAUGGAUCAGUGUUAGUGGUCUAGUCUGUGUUCUUGUAGAGAGACAUCGGUCACUGUUAGUGGUCUAGUCUGUCUUCUUGUAGAGAGACAUGGGUCACUGUUAGUGGUCUAGUCUGUCUUCUUAUAGAGAGACAUGGGUCACUGUUAGUGGUCUAGUCUGUGUUCUUGUAGAGAGACAUGGGUCACUGUUAUUGGUCUAGUCUGUCUUCUUGUAGAGAGACAUGUGUCACUGUUAGUGGUCUAGUCUGUCUUCUUGUAGAGAGACAUGGGUCACUGUCAGUGGUCUAGUCUGUCUUCUUGUAGAGAGACAUGGGUCACUGUUAGCUGUCUAGUAUGUCUUCUUGUAGAGAGACAUGGGUCAUUCUUAGUGGUCUAGUCUAUCUUCGUAUAGAGAGACAUCGGACACUGUUAGUGGUCUUCUUAUAGAGAGACAUGGGUCAUUGUUAGUGGUCUAGGUUGUCUUCUUAUAGAUGGGCAUGAGUCACUGUUAGUGGUCUAUUCUGUCUUAUAGAGAGACAUGGGUCAUUGCUGUGCUCUAGUCUGUCUUCUUGUAGAGAGACAUGGAUCACUGUUAGUGGUCUAGUCUGUCUUCUUGUAGAGAGACAUGGGUCACUGUUAGUGGUCUAGUCUGUCUUCUUAUAGAGAGACAUGGAUCACUGUUAGUGGUCUAGUCUGUCUUCUUAUAUAGAGACAUGGAUCACUGUUAGUGGUCUAUUCUGUCUUAUAGAGAGAUAUGGGUCACUGAUGAGGGUCUAGUCUGUUUUCUUAUAUAGACAUGGGUCACUGUUAGUGGUCUAGUCUCAAACUCUCUGUUGGUCUCAAAAUGUCUGUUGGUCUCAAACUGUCGGACUCAAACUGACUGUUGGUCUCAAACUGUCUGUUAGACUCAAACUGUCUGUCUCAAACUUGUCACACAUGCUGAUUAGUUGGUCUCAAGCUGUCUGUCUCAAACUGUCUGUUGGUGUCUAACUGUCGGUCUCAAUCUGUCUGUUGGUCUCAAACUGUCCGUUAGACUCAAAUUAUCGGUCUCAAACUGUCUGAUGGUCUUAAACUGUCGGUCUCAAACUGUCUGUUGGUCACAAACUGUCGGUCUCAAACUGUCUGUUGUCUCUAAAUUUCGGUCUCAAUCUGUCUGUUGUUCUCAAACUGUCUGUUGGUCUCAAAAUAUAUGUCUCAAACUGUAUGUUGAUAUCAAACUGUCUGUUAGUCUCAAACUGUCUGUUUGUCUCAAACUAUCUGUCUCAAACUGUAUGUUGGUCUCAAACUGUCUGUCUCAAACUGUCUGUUGGUCUCUAACUGUCGGUCUCAAUUUGUCUGUUGGUCUCAAACUAUCUGUCUCCAACUGUAUGUUGGUCUCCAACUGUAUGUUGGUCUCAAACUGUCUGUCUCAAACGGUCUGUCUCAAAGUGUCGGUCUCAAAGUGUCGAUCUCAAAGUGUCUGUCUCAAACUGUCUGUCUCAAAGUGUCGAUCUCAAAGUGAAUGUCUCAAAGUGUAUGUCUCAAAGUGUCGGUCUCAAAGUGUCGGUCUCAAAGUGUCGGUCUUAAAGUGUCUCUUUGCCUCACCAUUGACAAAGGUAAGAAACACUCUAAAACUCCCCUUUGAAAUCAAACGCCGUCCGUCCCCAGUAAGCUUCACCAUCCACCUGAGGACACAUCUCGAAACUCAUCUCUGGUAGUCCAACAAAAUCUCCCUUAGAGAAGUCAGCCAGACGUCAAGUGUGGCUUGUUGCUGGUGUUGUUGUUUCCACAUCGAAAAUAAAUUGGUUUCAACCUUUUCAAAGCAUAUCUAACGUAAAGGAUUAGACCUCUCUUUGCAAGACAUAUACUGACUGCCUCAAUUACAUUGACCUUUUUAUUUCUCUCUCUCUCUCUCUCUUUCUCUCUCUUUCUCUCUCUCUCUCUCUCUCACUCACUCUCUGUCUCAUUCUCUCUUUUUCUCUCUUUUUAUAUAUCUUUCUCUCCUGUCUCUUUCUCGUCUCUCUGUCUCCCUCUCACACACACACACUCACGCGCUCACUCACACACACUCAGACACUCACACACACUCACACACUCACACACACUCACACACACUCACACACACUCACAUUUUAAACGACACAUUUCUCCCAUAUAUUUUAAACCCAACAUAACGCCCCCACUUGCUUAUUUCCCUUUGAAAUCCUACUCCCCAUUUAGCAUUCCCAAUCCCCAAUCCCCUCAGGAAAUAAAUCUAUGACGUCACGUCCGGCUUUUAUUAUUCUUUUUAGAUAUUAUUUUUUUUUUUUAAACUCGCUCCUGCUCAGAUCUUCGCUCUGGCUCAGCAUUUUUUAAAAUUCUCAUGCAUUCUAACAAAACAAAAUAAUAAUAAUAAUAAUAAUAAUUUUUUUUUUUUUUAAAAAAGCCAGAGAAGCAUAGUAAAAAGUACAAUUUAAUAUGUGCUAGCCCCGCCCAUCCCUUCGCACAUGUCACUAGCCCCGUCCACACGGUCCCCCCGUGUCACUAGCCCCGCCCACCCCGUUGCUCAUGUCGCUAGCCACGCCCACCCCAAAACCACAUAUCACUAGCCCCGCCCACCCCGCCGCCCAUAUCACUAGCCCCGCCCACCCAGUCGCCCAUAUCACUAGCCCCGCCCACCCCGUCGCCCAUGUCACUCGCUCCGCCCAUGUAACUAGUCCCGCCCACCUCGUCUGCACAUGGCAUUAGCCCCACCUAACCCGUCCCACAUGUCAAAUUUGUUUUGAACCUUGACCUUGUGCAAUAUUUCUAAAUUUUUACCAAAAAAGUACCUCGACCAUCUUGAAAAGUCCCUAGACGACGUUAAAUGAGUUCUAUCAAUCUUGCCAGAUAGUGUAUUCUAUUUCCAGUGGCGUAGCUGAAAUAGUGCAUUCGAUUUACAGUGGCGGAGCUGAGAUAGUGCAUUCAAUUUACAGUGGCGUAGCCGAGAUAGUGCAUUCAAUUUACAGUGGCGGAGCUGAGAUAGUGCAUUCGAUUUACAGUGGCGGAGCUGAGAUAGUGCAUUCGAUUUACAGUGGCGGAGCUGAGAUAGUGCAUUCGAUUUACAGUGGCGGAGCUGAGAUAGUGCAUUCGAUUUACAGUGGCGUAGCCGUAGCAGCAAGAGUCAGCGCGGCCCGAAGUGAUCCCAUAUUUUUUUUUCUUUCUACCCAAAAGCAACAUCUCGUUACUUGGCCAAAAAUGCCACCCCCCCCCCACCCCCUCAAAAAAGAUAGAAAAAAGUACCGCCCAAUUUUGACCGCCGCCUCGUACCCCCCUCUUCUACGCCAGUGUCGUUCUUUGAAUCCUACUGUCUCCCAGGUAGAGGCUGUAGGAAAAUGUUUUUACCAAAAAGAUAGAAAAAAGUACCGCCCAAUUUUGACCGCCGCCUCGUACCCCCCUCUUCUACGCCAGUGUCGUUCUUUGAAUCCUACUGUCUCCCAGGUAGAGGCUGUAGGAAAAUGUUUUUUUUUUUUUUAAACAUAAAAAGUCAUUAAAACAAUAACCACCUAUAUAUUUAUUUUCAGGACCCCUGUACGUCAUAGUGGAGUAUUGUGAACUGGGAUCACUCCGGAGUUUCCUCCGCGGCGCCAAACUGAGGAACAGAGGCAGGAGCUGGGAGGACAAACAGCGGUGCGGAAAUGACGCCAUCGGCACGGACCACGACAGCACGCGCACUCUGACAUUCCGAGACCUGCUGUCCUUCGCCUGGCAGAUUGCUAAGGGAAUGGAUUACCUGGCCGGUCUCAAGGUA